AUGUCAGGAAGUGAUUUUCGUCUGCUUGAUGAUGACACUCAGUUCAUGGACAAGUAUCCUAAUGGGCUUUCUUUAGUUGAUUUGCUGCCAUUUUAUGACUCCAUCGCUAAAAAUGAACCGCUUAAAUUAGAAUGGGUUUGUCCAGGGAAGAUCGAUCCUAACGUUCAGAGGGAAACAACCAAAAUUCAAUCCUUAACUAGUAUUGUAAAGUUAAAGGAGUUCGACUUCGAUGAGUCUCCAAAUCAACCAUCUAUUCCUUCAGUCCCACUUGGUGCUGCUGCUCAAAAUGCAAACUUGCCACUUAGACGUCUAGCAGGCACUUCCAGACAUCCGCCUCGUCAACCGCGUGUAGCUAGUAUGGAUAAAAUAUUAAAUGACUUUUUCAAAACGCGCAAAGAGCCUUCUUCCCCUGCUGUUGUGACUGAAAUAUCCACCUCAUCUAUUGCUCCAAGUGCUGUACAUUGUAUUCCAUCGUCUGAAAUUUCUCAGGAUAAACAAGAAGCCCUUGUUGCUGAACUAGCUAAAGCUUCAGUGUCACCACAAGUUUAUAAUCAUCCAGAUAAUAUACCUUCAGAUUUCACACCACAAGACAAUUCUAAUGUACGAAUUACCUCAAUUGAUCAGGAGAUUUCUGCUCCUGUUGUAAACAUUUGUGAUGAAAGAAUAAUGGAACGUCAUAAAUUAGAAGGUACAGACCUUCAUAUUAAUAACACUAAUUCUUCCGAUUACUCUGCCAUGAAUGUUUCAGACAUUCCAUUCACCUCUAUUGCUGUAAAUAAUAUGUCCCAAAGUGAGGAUGAGGCACCACAUUAG